CUAACCCUUCAUUGAACUCCCUCUUUGGUAAAUUAAGGUGAAAAACUAUAAAAGAACAGAAAAAGGAAGGAGUAGAUGGAUUUAGCAGACAAGGCCGUGGGGCUGCUGUUAUCGGUAAUCAGCUUGUCAGUUUUCACUUACUAUACAUUCUGGGUGAUCAUACUGCCGUUCGUUGAUACUGAUCAUUUUGUGCACAAGUACUUUUUGCCUCAA